AAGCUUUAAUCACACGCAAUUGUAUUGUCGUCAUGAAAGCACCAAAAUUUCUAUUUCUUUACUUGCUGCUUACCGCGGUAUACUUUGAAGUUUGGGCAGGAAAUCAUUAUCAAACACCAAGUGGAGUUGCCUAUUAUAUAGAACCUAUGUAUCAAUUUAAUUGGUUCGAGGCCUAUUUUGAAUGCAGUUAUCGUAACAUGAGCCUGUAUACCAUUAAAAAUAUUGAGCAGUUCCAUGAUUUACAUUCUCUGCUUAUGAGCGGAAAAUUCAAUGAUAAACCGCCGAAUCUUUGGAUAGGUGGCAUUGGCCUGAAAAGUAAAUUUUUCUGGGUUAAAACCCAGCAACCCAUGACUUUUGAUGAUCUAUGGGCACCCAACAAUCCGGAUAAUGCCAAUGAAAUGGAACAUUGCCUGCAAAUUUGGUCCCGUAAGCGCUAUUUAAACGAUUUAAAUUGUGAGCUGAAAAUUGGUUUUGUUUGUGAAAGCAAUAGUGAAGACCAUUUGACGGCCAUGGCACACAAUGAAGGCAAAUAUAGGGGAUUAACUAUAAAUUUAUACCAAAAUAAUAGGGUUUAAAUAAAAUGUAUUAUCCAUUAAAAAAAGUAA